AUUUUGGAGAGAAGAGAGAGAGAGAGACGACGAUAAUUGCAAUUCAAUUAAGAAAGACAAUGAUAAUUAUUGAAUUACAAAGUAUCCAUUGCUGGGUAUUCAAAUUUGAUCUCCUUCCAUACCGCACAAGCAGCAGAUAGUUCAUUACUCCAUUGGCCAGCCUCACUGCAGCUCUGCCACACCACCACCGGCCACUCCGACAACCACCCUCCAUCUCCGUUGAGACAAGAAAAUGACAAUCCCGCCGGAUAUUCUAUUUAGAGGAUGUGCAGCAAACUUCCCUCAACCUGUCAGUGAAGAAGAUCGUCGUACAAUUGAUUGUUUGGUAGAAACUGUUCAUCAAGUAAAUUGCCCCCCUCUGCGUCACAUCGUGUACAGAAGCGGCACCGGAGAACAAGACAUCCUCCGCCAUGUCUUUCGCUGGGAUCUUACCCCUUAUCAGGAGGUCUUUCGGAAUGGAUUCCAAGCAAGGCGUCCUCAACAAGGCACUCCCUACGAGGUCUUCUACAAUCUGGAACACUACGUCCAUCAUGAUGGCGGCAGGCCUCUCGAUCACCGUCUGCCCGCCACCCACGCUUUCAUUAGCACCACGCUUAACACCGAUUGGCAUCCCAGCCUCGACAAUGUGACUGACACUGAGAUUGAAGUAUAUCGAUACGAGAUAUAUGCUCCCGGUGGCAUUUGGAUUGCUCAGACUCUUGGUGAUACUUGCGAGUACCCUGCCCAAGACGAGGUUUGCUUUGUUGUUGGCAUUGCCCCUCAAUACAUUCGGGCUGCCCAAUGCUUCAGGCUUACUGUUACUGCUGGCACGAGGUCUACAAGACGGGUGAGAGUAGAUAAUAUAAUGGUACUAAAUGGGAACUUCAAUCCACAAUCACAUCCAUCAAGGUUGCUCAACAUUCAUAGGCCAAUAUUUGAUUACAAGGAUCCGGCAAUCAAUAGGAAGGCGCAUCUAACCAUUCGCAUUUACCGACCCCCUGCCCUUUUCGAACGAGAGAACCAACAAGUGCCCAUCGACUCUACCACCACCAAUUGGUAUGCUGGCGAUGUGGCUAACUAUGAGAGCUACAUAAAUGCUGCAUUCCGUUCGUCUCGUACAAAUGAAGCAUAUCUAUUCAUGAUGAACGAGUAUGUGCUAUUGAACUAUGCUCCAGGCACGACAGAUGACAAGGUGGUGAAGGGACCGCUUUUUAUUUGCGAUGGUUAUCGAUCCCUCACAGGCAUGGCCUUUGCAGAACAUGGAAUAGACUCUGCUUUUGGUUCUCAUUAUGGGGAUGAGGCGUUCAUCUUCUCUGGGAAUCUUUGUGCACAGAUUAACUACGCACCAGGCACAACAAAUGACAAGAUAAUCAAAGGACCGAUGACCAUCACUGCGAUGUUCCCCUUGUUCAAAGGGACAGUGUUCGAAAGCGGCGUUGAUGCCGCAUUUGAGGCAACAAACAAAGGAGAAGCUUACCUCUUCAAAGACAACCAAUAUGCUCUUAUAAACUACAGUUCUGAUUCCAAACUCAUUGAGGUCCGUUGCAUCACUCAAGGCUUUCCUAGUUUGAAAAACACCAUCUUUGAAAGUGGAAUUGAUGCAGCCUUUGCUUCGCAUAGGACUAAUGAGGCAUACAUCUACAAAGGAGAUUCUUAUGCACUCAUCAACUUUGCUCCUGGCACCAUUGACGACUACAUCAUUGGUGGCGUGAGGAAAAUCCUUCCCAAUUGGCCCUCUUUAGCUAACGUCUUGCCUCGCAAAAACCGUGGUCUAGACGAUCAUUAUCACACUAAGCCGGACCCGACUUGUUUGAAACCACCUCAAAAGCUUUCUUGUUGUUCCCCUUGUACAAUUCUGUAAACGCUUGGCUCGCUACAGAGAAGCCACAAAAAUAAAACGUGAGGUUGGCUUGUCCCGGUUCUCGUUGUCGUGGUAUUGGCAGUGGAAUUGAAGGUUUUGUUUAGCUCAGGA